ACUUAUGGGUGUGCAUGAAAACUUGGAUACAUGUUUACAUAGUCUGCAAAACAUUUCUGUGUUACUUGAUAAUGUGCAUGUGCCCCUGAUUAGAAAACUCGGAUUGCUGAAAAACUGGAGUCAAUCUACAAUCUAGGAGAAGAAAAACAACUAUUGGAAAGAUGUUCCCCUGGUCUGCUAUGUUCUCGCUGGAGCCAAAGGUGCCUGGUCAGCGCACUCCAGAGGAGCUGGUCACUAACACCCUGAUGCUCGAACUGGGUGCCAUGGUGAAGCGUACUGAGCGUAUCUGUUUGGAGAGGGCCAGUGAGGUGCGUCGCCGUCGCAGCUCCUCAUCCUUACCAGACUACAGCUGGUUGGCUGGGCCUCAACCCCAUGUACCCUACAAGCUCACACCUAGAGACGUCCUAGAUUUGCAGGAGCUCUGCUCACGGAUCCCACCUCCACAGUGUGGCCCUGUCAUUGUCAGGUUUCGUAAUUUAGUGUCUGAGCUUGAGCCAGAAGUGCAUGAGGUCCCUCAGCUCUUCCGCUCAGUGCUGAGAGCCUGUCUGGAUGAGGAGCAUGCUGAUGAAGAACUACAGGGGCGUGCAGCUCGUUGGGAGAAGCGGCGCAGUAAGAGCCUUUCAUUCGUCACCUUCCGAUCCAAGUUCCGUGUACUUAGCCGCGGCAUGGGCAGUUUUGGCGGAUCCCGUAGCAACCUGCAGGAGGAAAACACGUGGUCAGAGGAGGAAGAGGAAGAAGGUGCAGAGCAGGCAACAUCAGCAGCGCCACGACAGAGAAGAGGGAGAAGCCACAGCAUGCCAGAAAUUAUCCCCACAGAGGGGUCUGCUUGAGGCUGCAAAGUGGAGCAAGGAGAUUUAGAACAGGAAAAUAUGAAGAGGAAGAGGGAAAGAUGAAGAAAUGAAAAACAAGUAGAAUGACAAAAUGUGUACAAGAGCUUGUGCUUACAUUGUUAUUCACACAUGUAUGUAUACCAAAGAUCAAAAGUUGAAACCUUUAGCUACGUUCACACAUACACACGUGGA